AGGUGAGCAGCGAGGGGGGGCGGGGGGAGGGGCUGAGCUGGAGGCGGCUCACCUGGCGGGACAGGCGUCUGGCUUCAGCAGACCAUGCAGUGAGCCAUGCCCCGCCCCGGACACCCCCGCCCAUCAUCCGGGCCCCCACGCUUGGGACCUUGGGAGCGGCCCACAGAACUAUGCCUGGAGACCUACGAUGAGCCACCCCGGGCCCCACCGAGCCGCCGCACCCGCAGACCAGACCCCAAGGACCCCGGGCACCACGGGCCCGAGAGCCUUACGUUUAUCUCUGGCUCUGCCGAGCAGGCUCCCGAGCCCCCUGCCUGCUGCCUGCUCUGGCGACCAUGGGUAUGGGACUGGUGCCGGGCGGCCUUCUGCUUCCGCCGCUGCCGGGACUGCCUCCAGCGCUGCGGGGCCUGUGCACGCGGCUGCAGCCCCUGCUUGUCCUCGGGGGACUCCCCUGAAGGGGCUGCCGAAGCCAACUGGGUCAAGGAGCACAACGGCGUGCCCCCCAGCCCUGACCGUGCACCUCCUAGCCGGCGGGAUGGCCAGCGGCUCAAGUCGGCCAUGGGGAGCAGCUUCAGCUACCCCGACGUCAAGCUCAAAGGCAUCCCGGUGUACCCCUACCGCAGCACCACCUCCCCCGCCCCCGACGCGGACUCCUGCUGCAAGGAGCCACUGGCUGACCCCCCGCCCAUGCGGCACAGCCUGCCCAGCACCCUCGCCAGCAGUCCCCGGGGCUCUGAGGAGUACUACUCCUUCCACGAGUCGGACCUGGACCUGCCUGAGAUAGGCAGUGGCUCCAUGUCCAGCCGAGAGAUCGACGUGCUCAUCUUCAAGAAGCUGACAGAGCUGUUCAGCGUACACCAGAUCGACGAGCUGGCCAAAUGCACCUCAGACACUGUGUUCCUGGAGAAGACCAGUAAGAUCUCGGACCUUAUCAGCAGCAUCACCCAGGACUACCACCUGGAUGAGCAGGACGCUGAGGGCCGCCUGGUGCGCGGCAUCAUUCGCAUCAGUACCCGCAAGAGCCGCGCCCGCCCGCAGACGGCAGAGGGGCGCUCAAGCCGGGCGGCUGCCCCAGCUGCGGCUCCCCCAGACAGCGGCCACGAGACCAUGGUGGCCUCAGGGCUCAGCCAGGAUGAACUCACGGUGCAGAUCUCCCAGGAGACGACCGCAGAUGCCAUUGCCAGGAAGCUGAGACCCUAUGGAGCCCCAGGAUACCCUGCCAGCCAUGACUCAUCCUUCCAGGGCACCGACACAGACUCUUCAGGGGCACCCCUGCUCCAGGUGUACUGCUAACCCUCGCCAGGCCCAGUGCUGCCACCCCAUCCAAGAGAAGUAUAGUCUACAGCAUGAAGAGAGGGACCAGAGCCCCGCUUUGUGGGAGGCAAGGCCGUGAGCCCAGAAGCAGUGCCCACUCUGGCUCCUCCCGCCUUGGCUGAAUGGUUCCCGAGCCACAUGCAUUUCACUGGGCUGAGGUGUCACGUUCCCCCGGGGUCCCCCGCUGGCCUGGCCCCUGCCUGGGCCUGUUCCUUCCUGCCCAGUCUUCAGGAGGCCUGGGUCAUGGAAGGCAAAAGCUGAGGGGACUUCUGGGAUUGAAUCCCGACUCCACCCCCAUAGCAUGCUCCCCCUGUAACAUACAACCCAUAAUCUAUCAUGCAGUCCUCCCCGUCCCCAGGACAGAGGGGGUAACAGCUCAAAGAAGCUUGUCUUACAUGUAUUGGGUUUGAGGGCAGGCAGGGCCUCUGUCUGGAACUCUGUGGGCAGUGCCCACUCCACGUUAUGUUCUGUUGAGCAGUUAGGUUCUUGGCUGGUUGUUCUACAUACUAACGUGACCAUAGUACAAACUUAAUAGAUAUCUGUCUGCUCA